AUGGGGCGCAAAUCAAAAAAAUACCGGGCAGAAAAAAACCCUACAACCGCUGAUAUUGGCGAUCUCCUCUGGAGGCCCCAGAGCUCUACGAGACCUGUCAUGGCACCUGCCUCGGACGGACCGUCUUACUCCUCCAGCGAAGCUUCCCUCACCGACCAGAGAGAACUGGAGACGCUGGCAAGAGGCAAGCAGACUGGCAGACCGACUACUACAGGCUCUGAGACCCCAGUGACAGAAACCACCCUAAAGGCCCUCCUGGACGAACUAUGCCGCAAUAUUGCCACCGAUAUCUCUGCAUUCAGAGACAAAAUUAAUGGAGUCUCGGCCUGCCUACACAAUGCGGAG